UCUCGGCACGUAUCACAGAGGAGUCGGAACCAGCAGAGGGCGUGUGGGGGAGAGGAAACGAGGCAGCACCGGAUAAAACCCGGCUACAAACCCGGAGAGAGGAAUAAACACAGGCAGAGAGUCGAGUGAUCACCGUGUGUCAUCCAGGAAGACUGCACCGUGUCAGGGAUGGCGUUGUGUUGGUUAAUACUGAGUUUACUUCUCCAAAGUCUUCAUGCUCACAAUGAAUUCUUCACAUCUAUCGGUCAGAUGACAGACCUGCUGUUCACAGAGAAGGACUUGGUGACCUCGCUGAAAGAUUACAUCAGAGCCGAGGAGAAUAAACUGAAGCAGGUUAAACAAUGGGCUGAGAAGCUGGACUCUCUGACAAUAACAGCGAUGGAGGACCCUGAGCGCUUCGUAGGCCACCCGGUCAACGCCUUCAAGCUGAUGAAGAGACUGAACACGGAGUGGGCUGAUGUGGAGAGCCUCGUGCUCAGUAACACCGCGGACGGGUUUAUCUCUAAUCUGACAGUACAGAGGCAGUACUUCCCUGAUGAUGAGGAUCAGAAAGGAGCAGCGAAAGCUUUACUCCGACUGCAGGACACAUACCAGCUCUCAGCCAACACCAUCUCCGUUGGAGAUCUGCCUGGUGUGGUCUAUAAGAGCCAUAUGACGGUGGAGGACUGUUUCGAGCUGGGGAAGGUGGCCUACUCGGAGGUGGAUUACUACCACACCGAGCUGUGGAUGACUCAGGCUCUCAAACAACUGGAUGAUGGAGAGGACUCGCCGGUGGACAAAGUGACCGUCCUGGACUACCUCAGCUAUGCCAUUUAUCAGCAGGGCGAGUUAGACCGAGCGCUGGAGCUCACCAAGAGGAUGCUCAAACUGGAUCCCACACACCAGCGCGCCAAUGGAAACCUGAAGUAUUUCGAAGUCCAGCUGGAGAAGCAGAGGAAAGCAGAAGAAGCUGCAGACGGUGAAAAGCAACAGAAUAAACAGGUGGAUAAGCGGGACGUGCAGAUGGAGCGCUCCAGAGACCCGCUACCUGAGAGGAAGAGAUACGAGCAGCUGUGCAGAGGAGAGGGCAUGAAAAUGACUUCUCGUAGGCAGAGCCGUCUGUUCUGCCGCUACUAUGACAACAAGCGCAAUCCUCGUCUGGUAUUGGGUCCCGUCAAGCAGGAGGACGAAUGGGACCGCCCCCGCAUCGUCCGCUACCACGACAUCAUCUCCGAGUACGAGAUGGGAAAGGUCAAAGAGCUCGCCAAGCCCAGGCUCCGGAGGGCCACCAUCUCGAACCCCGUCACGGGAGUGCUCGAGACCGCCUCCUACAGGAUCAGCAAGAGUGCCUGGUUAACAGCUUAUGAGCACCCAGUGAUCGCGAGGAUCAACCAGCGAAUCGAGGACAUUACAGGCCUGGACAUGCUCACAGCUGAAGAGCUGCAGGUAGCAAAUUACGGUGUUGGAGGACAGUACGAGCCGCAUUUUGACUUUGGCAGGAAAGAUGAGCCGGAUGCAUUCAAAGAGCUUGGCACAGGGAACCGAAUCGCCACCUGGCUCUUUUAUAUGAGUGACGUGCCAGCAGGGGGCGCUACAGUUUUCCCAGACGUUGGAGCUGCAGUUUGGCCCAAAAAGGGAACAGCAGUAUUCUGGUAUAACCUUUUCCCUAGUGGAGAGGGGGAUUACAGCACAAGACACGCGGCCUGUCCUGUACUGGUGGGCAACAAGUGGGUGUCGAACAAAUGGAUCCAUGAGAGAGGUCAGGAGUUCAGGCGACCCUGCAGCCUCAGCGGACAAGAAUGACGAACAGAAAACAUUUCCUCCUCAUCCUCCUCUUCCUCCACCCUCACACCAUCAUUACAUGGACAAUCUCCCAUUUCAUUUGCUUUUUUGUUUUAGAUUGGCCAUGAGUCUGUUUUCACAUGGAGAAAUGGUCACCAUUUUACACACACACACACACACACGCGCGCGCACACAGAAAUGUCCAGAUAUCCAUUACGGCUUUAAACAGUCUAAACUUUAAACACUGAAACAUCCAAGCACUCCAAACAUGAAAAAUAAAGCAAUAAAACAAAGGCCGUGUUUUAUUUACAAGUUCAACUCUGACCAAAGGAGCCGUUUAAUUUCCAGAAAUAAAUCAGGGUUUGAGCUUUCAACCAGAUGUUCAGACAUUUCUUAACAAACUAAAAUUCCUGGUGUGACCAAAUGGUUUUUUUUUCUGUUCCUGGGUUUCAAUUUUAUUUAUCUGAAGAGGUCAAAACCUUUGUGUGGUUUUUUUUUUGUGUGUC